AUGUCCGAGCGAAUGGCCAAGCAACGGCUGUUGCAACGCUCGAUCGAACGCGCCAUGGACAACUUCAAAAAAAUUGGAAAGAACAAUGUGACUCCCGCAAAGAUUCGCACCCGGAUCGCAUCGCUUAAAGAAGCUUGGUCGCAAUAUCAAGAAGGUCACGCCACUCUGACGCAGGUGACGCCUGCUGCCACGCAGGCCACAUUGGACUACUUCACCCAGGGUCAAUUCGAGAGCACCGAGGACGUUUUCACUACAACGUGGGAGUACAUGGCGGAGCUGUUGGAGGAGAUGGAGCCGAUCUUGCAAACCUUGCGAGAUAAAGUAAAUCAUGCGGUAGCGGCGCUCAAAAACCUUACUCGAAAGUCGGAGGAACUUUGGAACGACACUCUCGUUCACCUCAUCGUUCAAAAAUUAGAUCCGAUCACGCGGAAAGCUUGGAACGUCAAAGUCGGCGAUACCGACGAUCCCCCAUCGUACGACGACCUGAAGAAUUUUCUAACAUCUCGCGCUCGCGCAUUGGAAGAUUUUGCGAUAGCCUCAUCCUCGAAAGCCGCUGUCACGUCCAAAGUUCACACCGCAACUGCAUCCGCGCAUGCACAGAACAAAUGUCCGCUGUGCAAAUCUCAACAUUUUCUAAAUUUGUGCCCUAAGUUUAUAAGCAAGAGUGCGAGUCAACGUCGGGAAAUUAUUAAGCAGCACCAACGAUGCUUCAAUUGUUUGAGCGCGAAACAUGCCGUCCAGGCGUGUCGCAGUAAAUAUUCUUGUCGCGUGUGCGACAAGAAGCAUCAUUCUAUGCUGCACUCCGACUCGGACUCUUGCUCUAGCUCCUCCGACGCGGCCGCGCUUAAUUGCUCGUCGCCUCAAAUUGCAGAUUCGAAACCGGAAGUCAAUUCGCUCCUCGUUUCGACAGCGACGAAAAAUCUCUCUCCGAUCUUACUCGCGACAGCCUGGGUCACCGUGCGCGUAGCGUCCGGUCGCACCGCGGUCGUUCGAGCGCUCCUCGACCAAGGAUCAGAAAUGACGUUCAUUUCACAAACCCUGGCGCAAACCUUGCGCGCAAAACGCCUGAAGAUGCCGAUAUCCGUAUCCGCCGUCGGUGGCAUAAACGCUGGUACGUUCCAGCACGUAACAAAUAUUUUCAUUUCGUCGCGGAAAUCUCUCGUUCCGUCAUUCGCCACAACCGCGCUUAUUCUCAAAUCGCUGACUUCAUAUACUCCGAAACGCAAUGCGGACAUUUCGUCGCUGUCGUACCUCUCGGACUUGCCAUUAGCCGACGCGGAUCCGACGAGUUCCGACCCUAUUAGUAUUAUUAUUGGGGCCGAUCUGUACAGCGACAUCAUCCUGGAUGGUGUUCGCAAGGGCGGGCCGGGUACCCGCUCGCCCAAAACUCUGUCCUCGGUCGAAGAACUUCCGCGACAAUCUCUUCUCUCGCCUCAGGAAAAGCAGUGCGAAGAGCAUUUCUGCUCGACUCAUUCGCGCGAUCCAAAUGGACGGUACGUCGUGCGUCUUCCUUUCAAGGAAACACCUCCUCUCAAUAUCGGUAGCUCAAGAUUUCGCGCCGAGAAAUUGUUGCAUACGCUCACGCGUCGCUUUCACGACAAGCCGGAAGUCGCGAAGGAGUAUCAUGAUUUUCUAUCACAAUACGAGCUUUUGGGGCACAUGCGGCCAGCUCCGCUACCUCAAAAUCAAUCCGAACAACUCGUGUACCUUUCUCACCACGGGGUAAUCCGGGAGGAUAGCUCUACCACGCAUCUCCGCGUUGUAUUCAACGCUUCGAGCGUUACUUCCAACGGCACAUCGUUGAACGACCAUUUACAUGCCGGGCCGAAAUUACAAACAGAUAUUACCUCCAUCAUAUUACAAUGGCGACGAUAUAAAUAUGUGUAUUCUUCCGAUAUAGCGAAAAUGUAUCGCCAAAUUCGCGUCGACUCUCGAGAUAUAAAUUAUCAGCGCAUUCUUUGGAAACCGUUGCCUUCAGAGUCCGUGACCGAUUACCAGUUGCUCACUGUAACGUAUGGUAUGGCCUGCGCGCCGUAUCUCGCACUUCGUGUUUUGAAACAGCUGGUCGUCGAUGAAGGUCGGAAUUUUCCGCUGGCGGUUCCUAUCCUUCGCGAUAACAUUUACGUUGAUGAUGUCCUGUUCGGAGCCGACGAUCCUAAUAUCAUUCGGAAAACGCGUGACCAGCUCAUCGCUCUGUUGACCCGCGGUGGUUUCGAGCUUCACAAAUGGGCGAGCAAUUCUCCCUCACUCCUCGAUGAUAUCGAUAUCGAGAAUCACGGCCUGGCCGGUAAAAAACCCCUCUCUCCUGACGAACGACUGAAUAUUCUCGGCAUCGGGUGGCACCCUGCGACAGACGUGUUCGAGUUUCGCGUGUCGUUGGACAAUGGCAUCCCGAGUACGAAGCGCACGAUCUUAUCCGCCAUUGCUAAAUUUUAUGACCCGUUAGGCUGGGUCACUCCGGUAACCAUCACGGCUAAAACCUUAAUGCAAAACCUAUGGCGAAUCAAGCUCGAAUGGGAUGAGCGGAUUCCCGAAACUCUCUUGACAAAAUGGAGAGAAAUUUACUCCCGACUUCGGCAUCUCGGCGAUUUGCAGAUCACGCGCUGGACCGGCAUCGGACCGGAUACUCGUCAUGCGGAAAUCCAAGGGUUCGCUGACGCGUCAAACAAAGCCUACGCCGCGGUUGUUUAUGUUAAAAUAGUCUCGGCGUCUGGUCAAACCACGAUUACUUUGCUAAUCGGCAAAUCGAAAGUCGCGCCGUUAAAGUAUACCGCUCAGUAUACCGCGGUUGGAAUUGUCUGCGUCGACGGUGAAUGGAGACACGUGCCUACCGAGGACAAUCCAGCGGAUUGCGCUUCACGCGGAAUGCUCGGCAAUGAGAUACUCGAACACUCGCUAUGGUGGCACGGCCCUUCGUGGCUGCACUUCGAAGCUGAUAAAUGGCCAUGUCGCGAUACGUGCACGCCUCCGUCGGCUCCUCUUGAGGAAAGAGUUAUUUCAUUGCAAUGCUCUAAACCGCAAGACCAGUGGGAUCUCGCUGAGAG